GAAAGCGCGUCUUCUCAUCACGCAUGGCUCUGGCCUUAGAUAUUCCGUCGAGGGGUCUGAGACUUGCACAGAUAGUUUGUGCAGUACUUUUCUGGUACGAUUCUGCUCUGAAACCUAUAUUGCUAAAGAAAGGAGUAUACCGCGAGCUUUGCAAAGCAGACGACGGGCAUGACAAUGAUCCCUCGUACACGUGUAUCGAACGGGACCUGAAACUCAACUUCAUGUUUACCCUUGCUGCUGUUGUUUCAAAUGUCUUUGCAUUGCCCAAUGGUGUGGUGUUGGAUUGGGUAGGGCCCCAACUCACUGCGCUUCUUGGAGCCGCAAUCUUCGGACUAGGCAACUUCCUGUUCGGGUUAGAGGUGGUAACGCCUUGUGACGGAUAUGUAUUGUUGUCCAUCGGAGGCCCUAUGAUUUUCCUUAGCACAUUUCACCUUUCCAACGCCUUUCCGAGACACUCUGGCCUAAUUUUGAGCUUCAUCGUCGGAGCUUUCGAUUGCAGUUCGUUUCCCUACCUUAUUUAUCGAACAAUAGAUAACAUACAAGGGAUUUCGAUUCGCACAUUUUUCUGGGGCUAUAUUUUGAUUCCAACUCUUGUGAUUAUGGAGCAAAUUACCCUCGGGCCGCGGGACUCUUAUAAAGAAGACGACUUUAGGGAGACCGAAUGUACUGUCAGAGGGGACUUCGUUAGUGCCGCUGACGAGAUUUCCCCUCUCCUCCCUGAGGGUACCUCGUAUGCGGGUCCUCGCAGUCCUGAACACGAUGACGAAAAAGUCCACGAGCCAUUUACUGGGGUUAUGGCAGGGAAAUCGGUCCGGAAACAGUUACUAUCGAGUUAUUACUGGACACGCAUCAACUAUUUCAUCCAAACAGUCUUCCAGCAAAUGCUAUUCUAUCUUAAAGACCAUACUCUCGCCCAGAGCGUCGCUACCAGCUUCACAGUGCUAUUGCCUUUAGGAGGCGUCGUUGGAAUUCCGAUCAUCGGCUGGAUGCUAGACAAUAGGGGCGUUGGAUUUGCCUCACUCGUCAUAUUCUUUUCGGGCAUCCUUUAUGGGGUUUUGGGCAUCAUGCCCAGCCCUACAAUGCAACUCAUAUCUAUCGCGAUCUUCGUCGUCCUUAGACCACUUAUGUACACAUUCCUGGGCGAUUAUACCAGCAAGGCUUUUGGUUCUGAAACCUUCGGAACCGUUUACGGGCUGCUUAAUUGCAUCGCUGGCCUGUUCGGUCUAAUCCUCCGGCCUAUCGAUGUGUUUACGAAGAAUACGCUUCAUGGGAACUAUACUGUCGUGAACGUACUGGGGAUUAUUCUGGGCGCCAUGUCGGCUGCGAUAAUCUCUUGGAGGAUACACCACCAGCCACCACGUGGCGCUGUUGACACGCGUUAGCGGUUGUCUCUGACCUCUGCGCUACGGCCCCGAGGCUAUAUAUUGCUUUCCCUGAUGUCGCUGGAGUUUCAUUCGUCGUCCUAGAAGCUUUACAUCAAACUUGUUGCGGGUGAUUGUGCGAUCCGAUGCACUAGAGGGCUCACAUUGCGUUGCAGCCACUGCACUAUCCUGAUUUGAUGUAGUUGUGACCAGAUCGCGCCGGUUGUGGAAAUUGCGAAUCUGUGCAAAAUCAUCAUAACAACACAUUGUAUGAUUCGGUAGCUCAUUCCAUAAUAUCGACACCGACAUGGACA